CGGACACGGCUCACUCACUGUAUCUGUGGGCAGCCAGUCCACCCACGACAACCAAGAACCCCCUACAAUCUCACGUUCUAUUCUAAAUUCUAAUUGGGUUGGGUUGAUAUAACACACACACACAAAACAAACCAAUAAACCAUCUUUGGCCUUCUUCGGACUCUGCUCUGCAGCACACAACACAGAGUCAUGGACAAUGAUACCCCGCUCCUCGUUUCGAACCACAGCGACCAUGAACAAGAAGAGAAAGUCGGCAUUGUUAAGGAGUUCGGGAUCGAGUCUAAGAAGCUAUGGAAGAUUGCGGGCCCGGCUAUCUUCACCGCCAUAUGCCAGUACUCCUUGGGUGCUCUCACUCAGGUCUUUUCCGGGUUCGUCGGGGAUGUCGAGCUAGCCGCCGUCUCCGUCGAGAACUCCGUCGUCGCCGGCCUCGCUUUCGGUGUCAUGCUGGGAAUGGGGAGUGCACUGGAGACGCUGUGUGGGCAAGCAUACGGUGCGGGGCAGAUCAGGAUGUUGGGGAUAUACAUGCAGAGAUCGUGGAUCAUUUUGCUGGUAACAGCUUGUGUUUUGGUGCCGGUCUAUGUUUGGUCGCCUCCCAUUCUUGAGCUGGUUGGAGAGACCGAUGAGAUCUCAGAGGCCGCCGGAAAGUUUGCUGUGUGGAUGCUUCCACAAUUGUUUGCCUACGCACUCAAUUUUCCCAUACAAAAGUUUUUGCAAGCACAGAGGAAGGUCCUUGUCAUGGCCUGGAUAUCAGCUAUAGUGCUAGUAAUACAUGCGGUAUUCAGCUGGUUGUUAAUAUUGAAGCUUGGGUGGGGCUUAACUGGAGCAGCAAUCACACUCAACACAUCAUGGUGGCUAAUUGUUAUUGGCCAAUUGUUGUACAUCUUCAUCACCACGUCAGAUGGUGCUUGGAGUGGAUUCUCUUGGCUUGCAUUUGCAGACUUAUUUGGCUUUGUUAAGCUCUCUUUAGCUUCCGCUGUCAUGUUAUGCUUGGAAUUCUGGUACUUGAUGGUGCUAGUGGUUAUAACAGGCCGUUUGAAGAACCCUUUGAUCCCAGUUGAUGCCAUCUCUAUUUGCAUGAACAUAAAUGGAUGGGAUGCAAUGAUUGCAAUUGGGUUUAAUGCUGCAAUAAGUGUGAGAGUAUCAAAUGAACUUGGAGCUGGAAAUGCCAAGAUAGCGAAAUUUGCUGUGGUAGUGGUUUCCACCACUUCGAUUGCUAUAGGAGUGGUUUGCUUGGCUGUAGUUUUGGCAACAAGAGAUUAUUUCCCCUACCUAUUCACCAACAGUGAAGCCGUUGCUGAGGAAACUACUCACCUUGCACUCUUGCUUGGAGUCACAGUCCUUCUCAACAGCCUUCAACCAGUCUUAUCUGGUGUUGCUGUUGGAGCUGGAUGGCAAGCUCUUGUUGCAUACAUCAACAUUGGGUGUUACUAUAUCGUCGGAUUGCCAGCUGGAAUACUUCUUGGAUUCAAAUUUGGUUUUGGAGUGGAGGGUAUUUGGUCAGGGAUGAUUGGUGGCAUUGCCUUGCAAACCAUAAUCUUGAUCGUGAUCGUUUCCUUAACUAACUGGAACAAAGAAGCUGAUGAAGCAGAGAGCCGUGUCCAGAAGUGGGGAGGAGGAGUAGCUGCACCGGAUUAAAUCAAAGACUAAACAUAAAAAUUGAAAGAGUGCCACAGCAGUCACACAGGCUCUUCUUGUAUCUGUUGCUUUUGCAGGCAACCAUUGCCAACGCAGUGCAAUGCAUCAUUGUGCUAAAUCAAGAUUUUGAUGCUGAAACUUAAAUUGAUUGGUAAGUACUUGAGUGAGCAACGGUGACACGCAUCGAUUUUUUUGUUGUGAAAAAAUUUCCAUGCUAAAAUGGUGCAGCAUCAGCAGUGUAGUCAAUUUUCAAAUUUUCACGUGACAUAAAUAUAACUGUACCGCUUUGGACCUGUAGUACAAUUCAGGCAUUUCUUGUCUUUGUUAAUUUU